AUGGAUUUAGAAUCAUCCCCUAAGAGCCCAGACGACACGGAGAUCGACACCCCUCCACACGGCGGCGCGUCACUCAAGCGCCGUCACCACGCGCCGCCGGUGUUGUACAAGGAAUGCAUGAGGAACCAUGCGGCAGCCAUCGGCGGCCACGCGGUGGACGGCUGCGGCGAGUUCAUGCCGCCUCCCUCCUCCGCCGCCGGCGACCUGCGGUGCGCCGCCUGCGGAUGCCACCGGAGUUUCCACCGCCGAGGGUCUCCUCCCGCCAUCACGCCGCCGUUUCUCGACUUCCGUCGCCCGCCGCCGCCAAAGCGGUUCUCCCUCUCCCCGCCGACGACGGCGGCGCGGCCGUUCUUCGUGGAGGAGAGCCAGCCGGCGCCGGUGACGCCGACGGCGGAAAACCCGGCCUGCCGUAAGCGGUUCCGGACGAGGUUCAGCCAGGAGCAGAAGGAGAAGAUGCAUCGGUUCGCGGCGGCGAUGGGGUGGAGGAUGCAGAAGUCCGACGAUGCGGCGGUGAGGGAGUUCUGCCGGGAGGUUGGGGUCACUAAAGGGGUGCUCAAGGUAUAUUCCUUCAUCCUACCAGAUCAUCCUCUAGAAAGAUAUUCCUCUUCUCCGUCGUCGACUCAAUGGAGAUCGAUUCUCGGAUGCCUACCUGAAGAUGUCGACCGCGGGGAUGGCUCGGUAGACGAUCUCGUCGAGGGAGUAGGACUCGGUGGAGGAUGGGUCGGCAUUGAAGGGGCGGAGAAGUCGUGGGACGAGGUGCGGCGGCGGGCCGUCGCGAAUAUUCUCACCCGCGGGGCGGCGGUGCUUUAG